AGAGAGCAGACGGAUUCCAGUGAGUCAGAGAGCGAGCGAGCAGAGCACGGCCCGACAAAACAACUCCCUCAAGAAGCGUUCUCCCUACACCACUCUCGCAGUUUUCCGCCUUUAUUUGUCACCUGGAAUGAAAUGCUUUUACGCAGAUGACUUGAAAGAUCAGGUCGAGAUCCAGCCUGGUGACUCCAAACAGACCCGUGUGUCCCAGCUUGAGCCGCCUGAAUCAAGGGAGCAGAUCGCAGAGAGUUCACCGCCAUGUCUUAACACCUCACGCUCCCCUCUGAAAACCCUGUCCCCCCUUCCCUCUCUCUCCCCUCCCUCCCCCUCCUCCUCCUCUUCCUCAUCCCCCCCUGUCCUCCCUGUAGAAGCUCCCCAGUCCUCUGGAAACCACAGUGCCUCCUCUGGAGAGAUGAGUCUACAGCAGCAGGGGUCCGAGCGGGACCUUCCCUCCGCUGCCUCAUCGGUCAGUCUGCCCUCUGUACGGAAGACACCUAAAAAGCGGCGCAUCUCACUGCGCUCUCUGUUCCGCCGGCGCUGUGGCGAUCCCAAAUCCCGCAAGUCACGGGCACUGGCCGCCGGAUUGGAUGGUAUCGCCAGUGUGGAGAGCGUUCACUCUGAAAUGUGCCAGCAGCAGGAUCCCGCCUCGGCGCUGUCUGCACCCGGUGUGGCCUCCACCUCCUCUUCCUCGUCCUCAUCCUCAGCCUCCACCUCUGAACUGCUGGAGUGUCCGCUGUGCCUGCUGCGCCACACCAGAGACCGCUUCCCUGACAUCAUGACAUGCCACCACCGCUCCUGUGCCGACUGCCUCCGACAGUAUCUGCGCAUCGAGAUCUCUGAGAGCAGGGUCAACAUCAGCUGCCCAGAGUGCUCGGAGCGCUACAACCCCCACGACAUCCGCAUGAUCCUCAACGACCGUGUGCUCAUGGAGAAAUAUGAGGAGUUCAUGCUGCGCCGCUGGCUGGUGGCCGACCCGGACUGCCGCUGGUGCCCUGCUCCAGACUGCGGGUAUGCAGUCAUUGCCUUCGGCUGUGCCAGCUGUCCAAAGAUCACGUGUGGUCGUGAGGGCUGUGGGACUGAGUUCUGUUACCACUGUAAACAGCUGUGGCACCCAAAUCAGACAUGUGACGCGGCCCGCCAGCAGAGAGCUCAGAGUCUCCGGCUGAGACCCUUCAGAUCCUCAUCCCUCAGCUACAGCCAGGAGAGCGGCGCUGCUGCUGAUGACAUAAAGCCAUGUCCCCGCUGUGCGGCCUACAUCAUCAAGAUGAACGAUGGGAGCUGUAAUCACAUGACCUGCGCUGUGUGCGGCUGCGAGUUCUGCUGGCUGUGUAUGAAGGAGAUCUCUGACCUGCACUACUUGAGUCCUUCAGGAUGCACGUUCUGGGGUAAGAAGCCUUGGAGCAGGAAGAAGAAAAUCCUGUGGCAGUUGGGCACUCUUGUGGGCGCUCCGGUCGGCAUUGCACUGAUUGCUGGCAUAGCCGUACCUGCAAUGAUCAUUGGGAUUCCUGUGUAUGUGGGCAGAAAGAUUCAUAAUCGUUAUGAGGGGAAAGACACGUCCAAGCACAAGAGGAACCUGGUCAUAGCCGGCGGGGUGACGUUAUCCGUGAUCGUGUCUCCGGUGGUAGCUGCCGUCACUGUUGGUAUUGGAGUGCCCAUCAUGUUGGCGUACGUCUACGGUGUGGUGCCCAUCUCUCUGUGCCGCAGCGGUGGUUGUGGGGUGUCUGCAGGAAAUGGUAAAGGUGUGCGCAUCGAGUUCGAUGACGAGAACGACAUGAACGUGGGCACAGGAGCUGCUGUGACUGACACCACUUCGGUAGCAGAGACCAGGCAUAACCCCAGCAUCGGCGAGGGCAGUGUGGGGGGUCUGACGGGCAGCCUGAGUGCUAGCGGGAGCCACAUGGAGCGUAUCGGAGCAAUGAGAGACAACCUGAGUGAGAACGCCAGCACUAUGGCCCUCGCCGGGGCCAGCAUCACUGGCAGCUUGUCAGGAAGUGCCAUGGUCAACUGCUUUAACAGGUUGGAGGUUCAAGCUGAUGUUCAAAAGGAGCGCUGCAGUCUGAGCGGGGAGUCCGGCACCGUCAGUCUGGGGACAAUCAGUGACAACGCUAGCACCAAAGCCAUGGCUGGGUCCAUUCUCAACGCCUACCUGCCUCUGGACAGCAGGGACGGGAACAGUAUGGAGGUGCAGGUGGAUGUGGAGUCCAAGCGAGGGAAGCUCAGGCACUACAGCGGCAGCAGCAGUAUGGACGACGGCAGCAGCGGAGGACACGGGGCCGGCGUGUGCCCCUCCGGGUGUCCCCACGAGGGCAAGUGCGUUACCUCUCGCUGGACCAAGGAGCCGUCCUCCACCUCCUCCUCUUCCUCUGGCAAGAAGAGCAAAGGCAAGCUGCGCAAAAAGAGCGGCGGAACCAAGAUCAACGAGGCGCGUGAAGACAUGGACGCCCAGCUGCUGGAGCGGCGCAGCACCAACUCCAGCGAGUUAGAUUCGCCCUCUCUGAGCGGCAGCCUGCCGUCUGUGGCCGACUCUCACUCCAGCCACUUCUCAGAGUUUAGCUGCUCCGACCUGGACGCCUGCAGACCGCCCUGCUACGAGUCUCACGUCCGACAUCCCAACACGGGCGGAGCGGUCAGCCCGCUUCCAGAGGUGGAGAACGACCGGCUGGAGAACUGUCCUGCUUCUGGGACCCUCCCUCAAGCAGCGGUCGCCCCUCUAACCCCUGACGGGGCGGCAGAGCGCCCGCUAUGCUACAUUGCAGAGGAGAAUGUGAGUUUAAUAUGCACGGCUGAUGCGGGCCAGAGCUCGUCUAAAGAACGCAAUAACAACCUUCCUCAGCCGACUAGCCCUGUGCGUAACGCCUGCGUUCAGACAGAGAUCUAACCUUUAUUACCAAGGACUGCACACUGAUUUGAAGAUUUAAAGCUUGUUUCAUGGAGGUUGGUCGUUUUUUUUUUUUUUUUUACGUUCGAGAAGGAAGGGCAGGAUGCACCUCAAAGUUUCAGAAAGCUCGCUGUGACCAAAGGUUUGACCGACAGUCGGUCAGCGCUUACAGUUGGAUUCAGAAAGGCAACAAAAGAAUGUAAGAGAGCAAGUGAUGCACAGAGACUGACGAUGUAGCUGUCAAUCACACACGCCUCAGAUGAAGAACCUCACCAGCUCCUGUUUCACCCCAAAAUUAAAAGGAAAGAGAAAUAUCAUUCCUUGCAUACUGGAGAUGAAGCCUCUGUUUUGGAUGAGUUUGAUCGGUGACAUUUUCAUGUGAAUUAAAGGGAUAGUGCACCCAAAAAAUCGACAGUAUGCUUUAAAUGGAUAUAUAUUUUUUCGAAUAAUACAGUCAUUUGAAUUGGGCGGGAAAUGUGCUUAGUUUUCAUGAAAAUGUCACAAACCUUAUCUUUUCUACAAGUAGGCUUAAUUUUCUUUAAAUGUAAUUUCUUACUCCAACAUUUUGGGCUGAAAUAUGACCAGGAUGUGUUUUUGACAGAGCGCAUGCGACUGACCCGUGGAUUGCGGAGCACCUUCACUACACAUGUACACACACAUACUCUCAGUUAGCCCACAUAUAGCUUUAGCUGGAGGAGUCUGCGACUGUUCAGAGGCACGGGGAAGUCUGGAGGGGUCGAGAUGAGCUCAUGAGGGACCAGGCAAAAGUAGAUUCGGUUUAAGUUUCUUGGGCUUUUUUCCAUUUUUUCAUCUGGUAUUUUCCAUUUUUGGGAAAAGUUGAUGUGUUGAAGCCACGGCUUCAGUGAAGAGCUGGAUGAAGCCGUGGCUGGUAGGACGGGGAACUUCACCAAACACACUCAUGAGAGGAAGCCUGUAAAAAAAAAACAAGCCAAGUGGAUGCAAUGGGUUUAUAUGUAUGAAUCGGAAAGAUCUGCACCCUGUUAAAAACUCAAAAAUUCAGCUUCUUUCCUUAUAAAGGCUAUGAUGGUAAUCACAUUCAGGUUGUUUCAACUGAUUAAGUGAUUUUAGUUAUUUUUUUUAUUGUAUCUGUAUUGACUCAUGGUGCCUUUUGGAUCAUAGAUGAACCACAUUCGUUUUCCGGUUUGUGUCUUAUGAGUUCAAAUGUAUUGGACGAGGCUGCGUUGAAUGUUAGCGAGGUGGCGUAGCAUCGUCCCUGGGACUACACAUGGGACGGCCUACCAAAGACAGCACUCAGGCUCACUGACGACGACUCCUGCACACUUCAGCACACUUCAACACAGACGCCUCCUCGGACUCGUGUGUCUGCACUGUUCAUCGGCUUCAUUUCUGUUGCUCUUUCUCGCUGGGACUGAUCCAAUGCCACAAGCUGCUUUGUUUUUCUUCUUUCAGUUUCUUUUGUUGUUGUUUUUUCUUCUGUUUUGAGCCUGCCCAUAUCUGUACGAAUAUUAUUUCAGAGGCCAGGGCCGAUUGAUUUCUAACUUGUUCAAAACCGCUUGUUAUUUGUAUAUUUGCUUUAUAAUAUGCGUGUAAAUGCAUAUCGAAGUGAAAAUAAAAACAGGAAUCCAGA